UUCACAAAUUGCAUUGCGUUGCACACAUUGUGAUCUUUGUAAUUUUGAUUAUUUAUUUAGCCGUGGUAUUGUGGAUUACAGUAGUGGAUUCAUAGAUUGAAAUUCAGUGAAGUGAUUGCUAUUAAAAUUAAGCGAGAAGAGAUUCAUUCUGAUAGCGUCGACGUAGCUGAAGGCCAAACGUCCUUGUUCGAGGUUAACGAUAAGUUUUCAUAUUGAAACAUUCUAGACAAUGAAUUCGUGGGGAAACGAGCAGUUUGGCAUGCAAAACAUGAUGCAUCCUAUGCCUAAUAUGAUGCCGAACAUGAUGCAACCUGGACCAAUGGUACCUCCGCUCAUCCCUCCGUUUAAUAUGAUGGGCGAAAUGAAUCAGAUGCAAAUGGCGCCUAUGCCUGUUGUGAAUCCGCCGCAGAAUAAUGGCGCGUUCAUAGGCCCUGUGAUACCUCAAACGGAAGCUGUUCCAGCGUCGGAAGCUGUGGAGGAAUCCAAUGAACAGAGCGAAAUGCAAGAUAAGCGUCAUAGUAGAGAUAGAAACGAAAGACGCGAUAGGGAUCGCAGGGAUGACAGGGGACGUCGUCGCUCCAGGUCUCGCACCCGUGACCAGAAGGACAGAGGAGGCAGGAGCCGCAAUGAGCACAGAGAGAGACAGUCCAAGUGGGACAAUAAUGAUAGACUUACUCAGCAGCAGAACCUGCAAGCACAUAAUAAUAUGAUAAUGCAAGGAAAUCAAAUGAUGCAGUACAACAACAUGAUGCAGAACAUGCAAAACAUGCAGAAUCCCAUGAUGAACCAACCCAUGGACAUGCCAGGAAUGGCCCCCAUGAACUACCAGGCUAACAUGAUACAACAAAUGAUCAUGAUGAGUCCAACUGUGCAGAUGACCACCCAGUCUCUUUACUUCUCCAACGGAGUCGUACUCCCCAUGCUCCCGGGUACCACAGUCCCACCACGAAGGGACCCACUUCCCGGGUGUCGUACCAUCUUCAUCGGCGGUCUACCCCCUGGUAUAGCCAAAGAAACCGUUCGUGAAAUAUUUGAAAAGUUCGGUCCGGUCGACGAUGUGAAGUUGCAUAAGCAAGGAGUUUGUCAUGUGCGGUUCCAGAAGCCAGAAAGUGUGGAGCACGCUUUCUUUAUAUCGGGUUGUCGUAUCAAGUUUUAUAAUCAGCAGGAUAGUGAGGCUGCCACUAUUUUCAUUGAUUAUGCUUUGAAUCGCGAGGAUCAGAAUGAACACGAGAAGAACAAACGCAAGAGGUCCCCCACUCCACCGCGUGUUGAACAGUUCAGUGCAAACACUCUUGUGGCUAUCGGGGAGAAGAUCAAGAGUGACAAUGAGUUCGCUGAGGCUGCACCAACCUUAGCAGCCUGGCUUGAACGUGGAGAAUGCAACAAGAAGAACGCGAACACCUUCUACACGCUAAUCCAAGCCGCCAACAACCAGCUCCGAAGACUCUUCAACGAAAAGAUGCAAAUAGAUGACGAGUACCAGACUCUUAAGAACAGUAUGAAAGACAAGUUCGGACAUAUUGUUACGCAGUUCGAGCAGGUAGCGAAAAUUCUGACGGCAGCUAAGAUACAGCGGGUUUCCGACCAUUUCUCCAAACAGCAGCGCCGGAACAUUGAGAUGUGGCUCAAAAUGACUGAGGAAUUGGACAACAUCCGAGAGGAAUAUAAUUCUCUAUUUGAUGAAGAUGAAAAUGAAAAAGUGGGAUCGAAGAAUACGGUCCCCUUGGAGAAAUAUGAGCAGCUGAGAGUGGAAAAUGAAAACCUAUCCUAUGAGUUGGAAGGAUACAAGAAUGAAGCUCAUUUGGCAAAGGACGAAGCUGAGAGGAAAUUCGAGAAAUUUAAGGCUCACUUCAUCGCUCAACAAGCUUUGCAGCAAAAUAAACAGGUAUACCCACCACUACCGCCGCCACCGAUGCCAAACCUGACCCUGGAAACUCCCGUGAAGCCACAGCCCCCACCCCCACUACCUGACGACCAAAUCACAUCUUCAGAAGCAGUCAUUUCUUCUUCCGAAGCCAAGCUCAUCAGCUUACUGUCAGCAUUCCUCAUGGUUCAUCCGCGUGGGGCGACAUUAGACUAUCUUGCGUCGUACGUGAAGUCUUUGACCCCUGGGGUCACUCAGUCCACUGUUCUAGAAGUUCUGAAGAAGUAUAAUGAUGUCUUUCAACGUAAGACUACUGGAGUCGGCGCCUGUAUUGAACAUAAGUGGUGUUUUUCCAUUUUUGAUAACAUGAAAAUAGAUUAAUUGUGUGUAAUGAGUAAUGUCAAGGGUUUAGUGUGUAAUAAAUGAUUUUGGUGGAUUAUGUA